GCCCUCACACUCAGCCCCGCCCCUCACAGUCCCACACGCCCACCAUCUCUCUCUGUGACUCGACCAUGUCUCUCUCCCUCCUCCUCCUCCCUCUCCUCCUCGCCAUCCCCGCUCCGCCGCCGGCCCUAGCUCAGGCCGCCGCCGCCAACAACAUCUCCUCCUUCUCGUCCUCCGACUCGCCGUGGGGGCCCGGCCAGGACCGGAUCCUCCUCUCCCCCAACGCCGUCUUCGCCGCCGGCUUCCAGCCCCUCCUCCCGAACGCGUCGGCCCUGUUCACGUUCUCCGUCUGGUACCACGGGCUCUCUCCCCUGACCGUCGUCUGGUCCGCCAACGCCGGAUCUCCCGUCAACGCCUCCGCCUCCCUCGUCGUCACCCGCGGGGGCCAGCUGUUCCUCAACUCCUCCGGCGUCAACCGUUGGGGGACGAACGCGACGGCCGCCGGGAACUCCUCGGUGCUCUCGCUGCGCGACGACGGCGACCUGGUGUUCGGCGCUUCUUGGGGGAGCUUCCGCUUCCCCGGAGACACUUUCUUGCCGAGUCAGCCCAUGAACGAGACCAAGCUGUUCUCCAAGAACGGUCGGUUCUCGUUCGAUUCGGCGAGUUUGCUCUUCAACGGCACCGAGGCUUACUGGACAGCUGGGGGUAAUAAUUUCCUGAAUCUGGAUGAUAAGGGGAUGAUUAGCCAAGAGAACGGCCAGUCCAUCCUCUCCGCCGACUUCGGCGACGCCGUCCCGCGGCGGCUCACGCUCGCCGAUGACGGCAAUCUGCGACUGUUCAGCUACUCCCAGGGACAGUGGACGAUGGUGUGGCAGGCGAUGCCGGAGCUCUGCAAGAUCCACGGCCUCUGCGGCCGCAACUCGAUCUGCAUGAGCGACGGCGCGAACGCCACCUACUGCGUUUGCCCGCCGGGGUUCCGCUCGUCCGCCCCUGGGAACUACGAGUGCGAGCGGAAGAUCCCGGUGGCGAGACCGCAGAGCGCCAAGUUCCUCCGCCUCGAUUUUGUCAACUUCACCGGCGGGCUGAACCAGACGAACCAGCAGGCGACGAACUACUCCGAUUGCCUGUCCAAGUGCUUGUCGGCGAGCUCGAAUUGCGAAGGCUUCAUGUUCAAUUACGACGGGACCGGCCGCUGCGUCCUACAGCUGGGGCAGCUCCUGUACGGUUACUGGUCGCCGGGGACGGAUACGGCGAACGCGAUGUUUCUGAUGGUGGACCAGUCGGAGACCGACGAGAGCAACUUCACGGGGCUGACCACGGUGCUCGAGACGACGUGCCCGAUCAACGUGACGCUCCCGUUCCCGCCGGACGAGUCGAACGCGACGACGAGGAACAUCGUGAUCAUCUGCACGCUGUUCGCGGCGGAGCUGAUCACCGGGAUGGCCUUCUUCUCGGCCUUCUUGAAGAAGUACAUCAAGUAUAGGAACAUGGCUCAGACCCUGGGGCUGGAGCUGCUCCCCGCCGGCGGGCCCAAGAGGUUCACGCUGGCCGAGAUCAAGGCCGCCACCAAAGGGUUCUCGGACCAGAUAGGGAGGGGCGGGUUCGGCGACGUGUACAAGGGCGAGCUGAACGACAAGCGGGUCGUCGCCGUCAAGUGCCUCAAGAACGUGGCCGGCGGCGACGCCGAGUUCUGGGCGGAGGUCACGAUCAUUGCCCGGAUGCACCAUCUCAACCUGGUGAGGCUGUGGGGGUUCUGCGCCGAGAAGGGGCAGCGGAUCCUAGUGUACGAGUACGUACCCAACGGGUCGCUCGACAAGUUCCUGUUCCGGUCGGGCCGCCCCGCGGAGCUGGGCGGCGAGACGGGCGAGGUCGCCGACAAUCAGAAGCCGACCCUCGACUGGGGGGUGCGGUACCGGAUCGCCCUCGGGGUGGCCCGGGCCAUCGCGUACCUGCACGAGGAGUGCCUCGAGUGGGUGCUCCACUGCGACAUCAAGCCGGAGAACAUCCUCCUGGGAGAUGACUUCUGCCCCAAGAUAUCGGACUUCGGGCUGGCCAAGCUCCGGAAGAAGGAGGACAUGGUGAGCAUGUCCCGGAUCCGGGGGACCCGCGGGUACAUGGCCCCCGAGUGGGCCAAGACGGACCAGAUCACCCCGAAGGCCGACGUGUACAGCUUCGGGAUGGUGCUGCUGGAGAUCGUCAGCGGGGUCCGCAACUUCGAGAUGCAAGGGUCGCUGCUGGACAGCGAGGACUGGUACUUCCCCGGGUGGGCGUUCGACAAGGCGUUCAAGGAGAUGAAGGUGGAGGACAUACUGGACCGCCAGAUCAAGCACGCCUACGACGACAGGGUCCACUUCAAGCUCGUGGACCGGAUGGUGAAGACGGCGAUGUGGUGCCUCCAGGACCGGCCGGAGCUGAGGCCGUCGAUGGGGAAGGUGGCCAAGAUGUUGGAAGGGACGGUGGAGAUCAUGGAGCCGCGGAAGCCCACCAUUUUCUACUUAGGAGAUGAUUAGGGUUAU